AUGGGCAUGGACGACCUCAUUCCGGUGGUCAACAAGCUGCAGGACGUGCUGUCGUCGGUAGGGACCGACAUGAUCGACUUGCCGCAAAUUGUGGUUGUCGGCUCGCAGUCGUCAGGCAAGUCAUCGGUGCUGGAAAACAUCGUGGGAAGGGACUUUCUUCCGCGUGGCUCGGGCAUCGUCACCCGUCGCCCGCUCAUUCUCCAGCUUGUUCAAACCAAGCCUGCUCCCGGCGCUUCAUCCGCCGAGACCGGCGACGGCGCAAGCACCAGCGAUGGCGCGCCCAGCUCGGGUAGCGCUGCCGAAGGCGAGGAGUGGGCCGAGUUCCUGCACCUGCCCGAGACCAAGUUUACUGACUUUGCCGCGGUCCGCGAUGAGAUCUCGUCUGAGACCGACCGGGCGACCGGGACGAACAAAGGCAUUUCGGACGCGCCGAUCUCGCUUAAGAUCUACUCGCCGCAUGUGCUCAACCUGACGCUGGUGGACCUGCCGGGCAUUACCAAGGUGCCUGUCGGCGACCAGCCGUCGGACAUCGAGACCCUCAUCCGCGACAUGAUCCUGCACUUUAUUGAGAAGCCGAACGCGCUCAUUCUGGCGGUGACGGCGGCCAACUCGGAUCUGGCCAACUCGGACGCGCUGCAGCUGGCCCGCCGGGUCGACCCCGAUGGCGAGCGCACGCUCGGCGUCCUGACCAAGCUCGACCUCAUGGACGCCGGAACCAACGCGCUGGAGAUCCUCAACAACGAGAUCAUUGCGCUCAAGCUCGGCUUUGUGGGCGUGUCGAUUCCUGCCGCGCUCGAGGCCGAGGCCUCGUUCUUCGCGUCGCACCCUGCGUAUGCGCCGUUGGCUACGCGGCUGGGGACGCGCUACCUGACGCGCCAGCUCAACACCCUGCUUGUGGCGCACAUCAAGAAGUGCCUACCGGGUCUCAAGAAGCGAAUCAGCGCCAAGCACUCGGCGGCUGCGUCCGAAAUGGCCACGCUCGGCGCCCCGGUCUCGCCCGAGUCUGCCGGCUCGGUCGUCCUCGAUGUCAUUACCAAGUUUGCGGCCGACUUUAAGGCUGCGCUCGACGGCACCAUGGCCGACCUUUCGAUGCUCUUCUUCAACGCCAUCCAGGACAUCCGGCCCGGCGAGGAGCUGACCGAGGAGGACAUCGAGACGCUCAUCCGCAACGCGACCGGGACUCGCGGGCAACUCUUCAUGCCGGGCGCUUCAUUCGAGGUCCUGGUCAAGAAGGCUGUUGCCCAGCUGAAGGAACCGGCUAUGCAGUGCGUCAACCUGGUGUAUGAAGAGCUCCUCCGCCUGCUCAACACGUACACGACCAAGGAGUUGGCGCGUUUCGCGCGCCUCCGCGAGCGGCUGCACAACGUGGUCUCGGACACCUUCGCCAAGUGCCUCAAGCCGACGUACGCCAUGGUCACCAACCUCAUCAACGUCGAACUCGCGUACGUCAACACGCGGCAUCCGGACUUUGUGGUGGCGCUGGCGGCGAUGCGGGCGUCGUCGGGAGUCGAUCACUACGCGUCGAGCUCCACCGAGGCUGCGUCGAGCGCCGGUGCGGCGGCGGCGGCGGUGAGCUCGGCAGCAGCCAGCGGAGCGGACCCGGCACCGAGCGGCUGGUUCUCGAAGAAAAAGUCGAAGAAGGGUGGUAGCGGCAUGUCGCCGCCGGCGCAGCUCGCGCAGGUCCGCAAGCCGCAGCACCUCUACGCCGAGCACGAGAUGUCCGAGACGCAGCUCAUCCGCGAGCUCCUCGACGCCUACUUUACCAUUGUCAAGAAGAACAUCCUCGACGGCGUGCCCAAGUCGAUCAUGCUCUUCCUUGUCAACAACGCAGCGUCCCACGUCCAGAACGAGCUCGUCAAGGCCCUCUACCACGAGAACGAGUUUGGCGAGCUUGUCCGGGAGUCCGGCACUGUGGCCCAGCGCCGCGAGGUCGUCGCCACCCAGAUCCGCGUCUACAAGGCUGCCGAGCGCAUCCUCAACCAGAUCCGCGACUGGGAUGUGUAA